AUGGCCAAUACUGAACGCUCCGCUUUCCAGACUGAGGUCGCUGAGGUCGAACGGUGGUUCCAGAGCCCACGUUUUGCCAGAGUGAAGCGGCCAUAUACCGCUGCUCAGGUCGUCGCGAAACGGGGUAGCAUCCCAAUCAAGUAUCCUUCCGAGAUUCAAGGAAAGAAGCUCUUCGCCCUGCUCUCCGAGCACGCCAAGAAUGGUACACCUUCACACACAUACGGAGCCCUAGACCCCGUACAGGUUACCCAGAUGGCCAAGUACCUCGAGACAGUUUAUGUUUCUGGUUGGCAAUCCUCCAGCACGGCUUCGUCUACCAAUGAACCCGGCCCCGAUCUUGCAGAUUACCCCUCGAAUACGGUUCCUAACAAGGUUGAGCACCUAUUCAUGGCACAGCUCUUCCAUGACCGUAAGCAAUACGAAGCUCGCUCGAAUAUGUCUGAGGCAGAGCUUGCGGCGACACCGUCCAUCGACUAUCUUCGUCCAAUCGUUGCCGAUGCUGAUACCGGACAUGGCGGACUCACUGCAAUUAUGAAGCUUACAAAGAUGUUCGUCGAAAAAGGUGCGGCUGGUGUUCAUGUCGAGGACCAAGCACCUGGGACAAAGAAAUGCUGGCCACAUGGCGGGCAAGAGAACUUGGUCAUUGCACGGACUGAUUCGGAAGCCGCUACCCUGAUUACCUCAAACAUUGAUGAGCGCGACCACCCUUUAUUUUCGGCUCCACAAACCCGGAUCUCCCCCCUCUUAAUGCCGGAAAGUCCUGGUGAUGAUUUGCAAGCGAUUGAGGACGCUUGGACUGCGUCUGCAAACUUUGCAGCUACCGCUGAUCGAUUCAUCUCCCGUGUUAUGCACUCGUCAUUCCCUCAAGCAGUAGCCAUCGCACAGAGAGAAUUUGGUCUCAAGUCUGUACCCUACUGGAACUGGGAUACACCUCGGACCCGGGAAGGGUUCUAUCGCUACCAAGGUGGCACCCAGUGUGCGAUUAAACGGUCUAUUGAGUAUGCACCAUACGCCGAUGCCCUUUGGAUGGAAACAAAGAAACCGAUCUUGGCUCAAGCCCAAGAGUUCGCUCGUGGAGUCCAUGCUGCACGCCCAGGUCACUGGUUGGCGUACAACCUCAGCCCUUCCUUCAACUGGGAGGCCGCUGGCUUGAAUAGUCAGGAUAUGAAAGGUUUUGUCUGGGAGCUAGGUAAACUCGGCUUCGUCUGGCAAUUUAUUACGCUCGGCGGCUUGCACUCUAAUGCGUACAUAAGCGACCUCUUUGCUCGCUCAUAUGCGAAGGAAGGUAUGAAAGCGUACGUGGAGAUUGUCCAGAGCAAAGAGCGGGAGAUUGGCUGCGAUGUCUUGACGCAUCAAAAGUGGAGUGGUGCCGAUUACGCCGAUAAUCUCAUAAAGACCGUCACCGGUGGUGUAUCGUCCACAGCAGCCAUGGGCAAGGGUGUCACAGAGGACCAGUUCAAGGCCAAACUAUGA